UUUAAAAAACACAAACUUCAAUUUACUAUUGCUGCAAUAGUGUUGUGCCGAUUUUACCCCACCUUUCAACCUUAAUUACUAAAUUUUCCAUGAUGUUGGAUGAUGCCACGUGUUCCAUCAUCUAUCUGCCUUAUUUGAUCGUCUUUGUUUCCCCUUUCUCUUUCCUCGACUAUGGGAUCUUUUUCCCCUUCCAUUUUCAACAAACCCUAGCUCUCAUCUUUGCAAUCUCUUCCUCCCCCUUCACCUCUCUCCUUCCAUCAUCCUAGAUUUCCAGAUCGUCAAUCUCCGUUCUUCUUCAAGAGGAUGUUAGUUUAUGGUGAUCGAAGGCCCACAUUCGAGGAUUUUGAGAAGGAGUCCAACUAUGGAACCAUUGAUACAUUUGAAGCUAUUCGUUCUCAUAUGACGAAUCUGUUGCUUCGUAAUUCGCCUCUUCAAUAACCGGCACCCAGGUUCACUCCUUCUGAAUCUCCUCACUAUCAGUUCGUCUCUUUCUCCCUGGUGGUAAUUAUGAAAAUUGUAAGCUAUCCCAACAUAGUCAAUCUUAUCGAGGUGAUUAAUGAUCCAGACACAGAUCACUUCUAUAUGGUUGAGUAUGUGGAGGGCAAAUGGGAUUGUGAGGGUGUUGGACCACCUGGUGGCUUAGGGGAAGCUAUCAUGAGACAAUAUUUACGAGAUAUUGUUUCUGGGUUAAUGUAUCUUCAUUCACAUAAUAUAGUGCAUAUGGACAUAAAGACUCAAAAUCUUUUGGUUUCGCGUAAUGGCACUGUAAAGAUUGCAAAUUUCAGUGUCAGCCAAGUUUUUGAGAUGGAAUCUUGCUUCUUGAAGCUAAUAGAAUGUUCAGAGCUGGAGGAUAUUUUGUAUGGGCAGUAUUGCCAGUCUAUAAACUUGAAGAUAACUUGCAAAAGCAGUGGAAAUGUAUCAUUAUUAUUUACUUACACAUGCAUUUCCUGCUUCAUAAGUAGGGAAUUACCAGUGCUUACCUUUUUUAUCACCGUUUUCCCUUCCUCCCCCUUCUUAAGACUUUUGAGUUUGCUUGAAAUCCCUUACUUAAAUUCAAAAAAUGGAGAAUCUUACGUCCCAUAUUUGCUGGGAACUGGUAAAAGGGAGGGUUAUAUUGCUAUAUGGAGGAAGCCUUUGAACAACAUUUGUUAUCUGAAUCGUGAAGUUGGUGCGAAACCUCCACUUUUUGACCCGAACAAUUAUCGAGACAGUGUCAGGCAUGUGGGACAGAAGGUCUGUAUUACAAGGGUACCUAAUAACGGAUGUGAAUGUUGUCGGAGAGAGAAUAAGUACCCUCAAUUUUGCAGAGAGGGUUGCCUCUAUAGUACUUGGAGCUGCUCGAGCUAA